AAAUAAAUUUUUUAUAAAAUAACUUUGUGGCAGAUUGAUCUUGUGAUGAUAUGGAAUAAACAUCAAUAGACCACUGAGUAAACUAAUUUUUUUCCUUUACAAAUAAAAUCUGAUUGGAUACGAAAAUAAAGGGAUUUACUUUUCAAAAGUGACAUACCGAAGCCCGAUUAUUCCGCUGAGAAAAUAAUGGUACAAUUUUUUCAAGUGCAUUGUUACUGUCCUGGCAAAAUGUAAUUUCCAAUCGAGUGGGCAACGUCAAUCAGUGCUUUGUAGCUCACUGACUUUUCGGGGCCUGUAAAAUUCGGAAAAUUUGACAGCAGCUCGGUGGUAAGGUGAAUUUAGCAAUCAUGCCAAGAAUUUUUCGCAGUUUCUUGUCCGAUCGCUAUAAUGGCAAGCAGGAACGAUUCUACGACCGAUAUGAAGAUUUUUGUCAAGUCAUUCCAAACUUACCGCCAAUGCCCAGGCCAAAAACCAACCACCACAGCAGGGUAGCCACAAAACCGGAGCCCAAAACCAACGUAAAGUUCACCUAUUGUUUUGGUCAAAGUGAACCGAGCGGCGAUUGGCGACAGGGCGACGAUAUACCCAUUGUGGUCCGGAGAGAAAUGGAGGAGCGACUAGGCAUCCAACUGAUGAGUGUCCUACCAAUAACGGAAAGCUCUCUGCUCAGUCAUACCAUCUGGGAGCUGAAAAUGCCAGGUGAAAGUUUUGAUUCGAUACCAAAAACCAGAAACGGCAUCAAGGUUGGCAUCAUUACGGUCACGGCUGAGUCCAAGCAAACUCGCACGAAACUCAAGCGGAAAGGACCAAUUUUGGCUAAUGUGACAGUGCCAUCAAAUAUUGUGGAAAUCCCACCAAUCCAGCAAAGAAAAAUGCCGGAAAAGAGACGUUUAAAGCGAGUGGGCGGGCAAUUCGAGUGCAUUGAUUGCGACAAGAAGUUCGAUCAUUCCUGGAUGCUGACUGCACACACAAGGACGCACACUGGUGAAAAGCCCUUUGUGUGUCCUGAUGGCAGUUGCCGCAAAGCCUUUUCGGAUAGGUCCAAUCUGCGCUCCCAUCAGCGCACCAUGGGCCACCACGAGUGGCAGCAUCAAUGUGGACAGUGUGGCAAGUAUUUCAGUCAGUUUUCCUAUUUGAAUCGACACUCGUUGGACGCUUGUCGCAAGUAUCUGCUGUCCGUGAUGCAUAAGAGGUUCUAGCUUUAAUAUUCUUAUUACUCUUAAUACGUUAUAUAAAAUAUGUUCAAUUUAAUUUUCAUUUGAAGAAUAAAGCAUUAAUUUUUACCGG